UUGUGAUACACAAUUGAGCUCCCUAUGAGAAAAAAAUAUUGCAUUGAAAUCAACAUCAUCAGCCUCAUCUUUCAAACCUGCCAGCACGAAAAUUGGAAUUGACCCAUUUUCCAACUUUAUGUAUUUCUUAAUCUUCUUUUCCCAAAGUCCCAUUAAUUUAUCUUACUCCCUCAAUCACUCACUAACUAACUUUAUUUUGACCACAGAUUAUAGUCAACAAGUUAACUCAAUUGGUUUCUUUUUUAAGAUACGAAGUAUUCACUAUUGUUUAAGGGUGUAUCAGACACACAAGGUGAAUUCUUCUCUCUCAAUUUAUGGAUUUUUCCAUAUAUAUAAGUGAAAGUUUGAACUUCUGAUCACUUGCUUAAGGUUUCUUUCUUUGUUAUGUGAAUUGUUCUGUCACUAAUAUGACUAAGCAUGACCCUCUAGAAGAGUCCCUUUUGAAGGGUGAAGCUAGUGUAAGCAAAAGCAACGGUUCGUAUUCCAAAGAGACAAAAGGAAAUGAUAUUUUAACCAGUUAUUCAAAUGCUGGAUUUUUCAGCAUUCUUACUUUCUCAUGGAUGAGUCCACUGAUAACUCUAGGCAGUAAAAAGACAUUAGACCAUGAACACCUACCACUUCUAUCUACCAAUGACACUGCCUAUGGUACUUUCUCAACUUUUAGAAACAAGCUCGAGUCGGAGUGUGGUAAUGUUAGGAGUGUGACGACUAUUAAGCUUGCCAAGGUUUUGUUCUUUUCAACACGGCAAGGGAUUCUUCUAUCUGGCUUAUUUGCAUUAUUGUUCACAUGUGCUUCUUAUGUAGGACCUUAUCUUAUUGACAAUCUUGUUCAAUAUCUCAAUGAAGAAAACAAGGUUAAAAAGGAUGGAUAUAUUUUGGCUAUUGCAUUUAUUGCUGCAAAGCUUGUUGAGUGCCUUUUCAUGAGGCAUUGGAUGUUUAAGUUCCAACAAGUUGGGGUCAGGAUGCAAUCAAUGUUGGUGUCAAUGAUCUAUGCGAAAGGUUUGACACUUUCGCGUCAAUCGAAGGAAGGACACAGCAGCGGUGAAAUCAUAAACUUAUUGACUGUUGAUGCUGCAAGGAUAGGCGAAUUUUGUUGGUACAUGCAUGAUCCAUGGAUGGCUGUUUUGCAAGUUUCAUUGGCUUUGUUUAUUCUUCAUAGAAGUGUAGGCGUUGCUUCGAUAGCCGCUUUUGCUGCAACUGUAGUUGUGAUGUUGCUAAACCUUCCUGUGGCAUCAUUGCAAGAGAAGUUCCAAGGCAAGUUAAUGGAGUUCAAAGAUAAAAGAAUGAAGGCGACGUCCGAGAUUCUAAUGAACAUGAGGAUUCUUAAACUUCAAGCAUGGGAGAUGAAGUUCUUAUCGAAGAUUAUUCAGCUUCGAAAGACAGAGGAAAUGUGGCUAAAGAAAUUUCUUGUUGGUACAGCAAUUGUUAGAUUUCUCUUCUUUAAUGCACCAACAUUCGUGGCUGUUGUUACUUUCGGUGCUUGUGUUCUUCUAGGCAUUCCACUUGAAUCAGGAAAGAUCUUAUCAGCACUUGCAACAUUCAGAAUUCUUCAAAUGCCUAUAUACAAUCUUCCCGACACAAUUUCAAUGAUUGCACAAACAAAGGUGUCUCUGGAUAGGGUUGUCGCGUUUCUUCGUUUGAAUGACUUGCAAACUGAUGUAGUUGAGAAGCUUCCACGAGGUAGUUCUGAUAUAGCAGUUGAAAUAGUAGAUGGAAGAUUCUCUUGGGAUGUAUCUUGUGUCAAUAACACAACAUUGAAAAACAUAAAUCUUAGAGUUUUUCAUGGCAUGAGGGUUGCUGUUUGUGGUACUGUUGGAUCGGGAAAGUCAAGUUUACUUUCUUGUAUAAUAGGGGAAAUACCAAAGAUAUCCGGCACCUUAAAGGUGUGUGGAACAAAGGCUUAUGUUUCUCAGUCUCCAUGGAUACAGAGUGGCAAGAUAGAAGAGAAUGUACUAUUUGGUAGAGAGAUGGAUAGGGAAAAAUAUGAGAGGGUGAUAGAAGCAUGUUCAUUGAAGAAAGACUUAGAGGUUCUACCAUUUGGUGAUCAGACCAUUAUUGGAGAGAAGGGAAUCAAUUUGAGUGGUGGACAGAAGCAAAGAGUACAAAUUGCCCGUGCGCUUUACCAAGAUGCUGAUAUAUAUCUGCUCGACGAUCCGUUUAGUGCUGUUGAUGCUCAUACAGGAUCUCAUCUCUUUAAGGAGUGUUUGCUUGGCCUUUUGAAAACUAAAACUGUGAUAUACAUAACACAUCAAGUAGAGUUUUUACCAGAUGCUGAUCUGAUACUGGUCAUGAAAGAAGGAAGGAUAACUCAAUCAGGAAAAUACAAUGACAUUCUUAAGUCAGGAACCGAUUUUAUGGAACUUGUAGGCGCACAUAGAGCCGCGUUGUCUUCGGUUAAGUCCUUAGAAAGAAGGAUUUCAUUUAAAACAUCGAGUAUUACUGGGGAAGACACAGGUUCAUUAAGUGAUUUUGAACUUGAGCAAGAAGUGGAAAACAUAGACGAUCAAAAUGGACAGUUAGACGAAACAGUUAAGCCAAAAGGCCAACUUGUUCAAGAAGAAGAACGCGAAAAGGGAAGAGUCGGGUUUAAUGUCUUCUGGAAAUACAUCACAACAGCUUAUGGAGGAGCUCUUAUGCCUUUCAUAUUUAUUUCACAGAUACUCACUGUGGUUUUACAAAUUGCAAGCAAUUUUUGGAUGGCUUUGGCAACUCCUGUUUCAGCGACUACGGAGCCUGAUAUCGGAAGCCUUACUCUUAUGGUUGUCUAUGUUUCUUUGGCAAUUGGAAGUUCCUUUGCCACCCUUGCCAGAGCAUUUCUUGCUAUCAUAGCUGGAUACAAGACUGCCACCAUGCUCUUCAAGCAAAUGCAUUUGAGCUUUAUUCGAGCACCAAUGUCAUUUUUUGAUUCCACCCCAAGCGGACGAAUUCUUAAUAGAGCUUCAACAGACCAAAGUGCAAUAGAUAUGACCAUUCCAAAUAUUGCAUGGGGAUUUACAUACAAUGUGGUUCAGCUCUUAGGAAAUAUUGCUGUGAUGUCUCAAGCUGCAUGGCAGGUGUUCAUAGUGUUGAUUCCUGUCAUGGCAGCUUGCAUAUGGUACCAGCGAUAUUACUCAGCAUCAGCGCGGGAAUUGGCGCGAUUAACUGGUAUAUGUCAAGCUCCAGUAAUACAACAUUUUUCUGAAACAAUUUCUGGAGCAACAACUAUAAGAAGUUUUGAGCAACAAUCAAGGUUUAAUGAAAUUAAUAUGAAAUUGAUUGACAAAUAUUCCCAACCUAAAUUAUACAGCGCUAGUGCAAUGGAAUGGCUGAGUUUCAGAUUGGAUAUUUUAUCCUCUACCAUAUUUGCCUUCUGUUUGGUUUUCUUGAUAUCUUUUCCAAGUUCAAUAGCGGAUCCUAGCAUUGCGGGAUUGGCUGUUACAUAUGGGAUUAAUCUAAAUUCUGUACAAUUUAAUUUAAUCUGGUUUCUUUGCAAUUUGGAGAACAAAAUUAUAUCUGUAGAAAGAAUACUUCAGUACACCUCUAUCCCAAGUGAAGCACCUCUUGUAAUAGAAGACAACCGACCAGAUCAUUCUUGGCCAUCAUUCGGAGAGGUUCAUAUCCAAGAUUUACAAGUUCAAUAUGCUCCUCACUUGCCUCUUGUCUUACGCGGACUUACAUGCACUUUUAUUCCUGGAGCAAAAACUGGCAUUGUGGGAAGAACGGGAAGUGAAAAAACAACUCUAGUUCAAGCACUUUUCAGACUUGUUGAACCUGUUGCAGGACAAAUAUUGAUAGAUAACAUCAACAUCUCGUCGAUUGGAAUCCAUGACUUACGGUCGAGACUUAGCAUAAUUCCUCAGGAUCCAACAAUGUUUGAAGGGACUGUGAGAAGCAACCUCGACCCGCUGGAAGAGUACACAGAUGAACAGAUUUGGGAGGCUCUAGAUAUGUGUCAACUAGGAGAUGAAGUGAGGAAGAAAGAAGGAAAGCUUGACUCUACUGUUACUGACAAUGGAGAAAAUUGGAGCAUGGGACAAAGACAGUUGGUCUGCCUCGGCCGUGUUCUACUUAAGAAAAGCAAGAUCUUGGUGCUCGACGAAGCUACUGCAUCAGUCGAUACCGCUACAGAUAAUCUUAUUCAGCUGACAGUAAAACAACAUUUCUCUGAUUGCACAGUCAUUACAAUUGCUCAUAGAAUAACUUCGAUUCUUGAUAGCGACAUGGUUCUGUUUCUCAGUGAAGGGCUUAUUGAAGAAUAUGAUUCACCAAAGAAGCUGCUUAAGGACAAAUCUUCAUCUCUUGCUCAACUAGUUGCAGAAUAUACAAGGAGGUCAAACACUGGUUUUGGAAGUUGAGAGUUGAAACUGAACAGAAAUUAAACUAGACUAGAAGCUAUAGUAUAAGUUGUAGUAAUGGUAUAAAAUUUAAGAAUAAUGUAGUUUAUAUCUUUUUUUAAGUAUUACUGAAGCUUGAAUAUUAUAGAAAGUUAACAUUUGUUUGAAUUAUUAAAAGUUAAGUUUGGUGUAGUAAGAACAAAGGUUUGAAUUUACUACUUUUUUUUUUAGGAAGGUA